AACCCAACUCUUUCCUCCCCGUACUUCAAAUGUGUACCUCCCACCAAUUAUUCAAACUUGACACACUCAAAAACGAAGAAAAAGAGAAAAAGAUUCAGAGAAGAAACGAACACCAUCAUGAAGCUUGUUUGGUCUCCAGAAACUGCUUCUAAAGCUUACAUAGACACUGUUAAAUCGUGUGAGAAAUUGAAGGAAUCUGGGGUAGCUGAGCUCCUAUCAGCCAUGGCGGCCGGUUGGAACGCGAAAUUCAUCGUGGAAUCGUGGUGCCACGGCGGCCCCAUAGCCACAAGCGUAGGCCUAGCAGUUGCGGCUCGCAACACCGGUGCAAGGCACGUGUGCAUAGUCCCGGACGAAAUUUCAAAGCUAAAGUACACACAAUCAAUGGCGGAGAUGGGGGUGGUGCCGCCUCCGGAGGUGGUAAUCGCCGGGUCGGCGGAGGCGGCGAUAGGUGGACUGGUGGGAUUGGACUUUCUGGUGGUGGAUUGCAAGCAAAGGGACUUUGCUAGGGUUCUUAGGGUUGCUAGGGUUAGCAAUAGAGGUGCAGUUUUGGCAUGCAAGAAUGCAUGGCAAAUGAGUAAUAAUUGGAACAAUCUUUCACGGUUUAGAUGGAACGUUGUUCUUGAAAAGGGGACACGUGUCGUUAGAUCCGUGUUCUUGCCUGUUGGCAAGGGUUUGGAUAUUGCUUACAUAGGCAGCAAAAGUGGUGGUGCUGGUGCUGGCGGCGGCAGCAGCAGCAGCCGCGACGGCGGUGCAUCAAGUGGUAGAAAGGGUCCUAGCCGAUGGAUCAGGCACAUAGAUCAACAAUCAGGGGAGGAACACCUUUUCAGAGAGUGAUUAUUAUUAUUAUUAAACUAUUGAUCAUGGAUAUAUGUAUGUUAACAAGGUUGGAAACAAAUAAAUAAAUUUGUAAAUUAAACAUAUAUCAUCAUAUAUUAUAUGAACUAUGCAGUAGUAUUUUUGAUGAAUUACAAUUAGAGGAUCAAGUUUCUGACUGGGUUUGGUGGUGCCAAUUCAGAUGGUGGCUAGUUUUGUAGAAAGGGAUGUAAAUUAUACAAGUAUUUCUUUUUUUUGGAGAGUUUUGGUUAAUUGGUUUUGCACUUUUGUUUAGUUUAAUGCAUGUAAUCAUCAUCCUGCAGUGAUGUAUAUAUAUAUAUACAGUUGUUUUUUCUUUCGGAUUA